UCUACUCUGGUUCCUAUCGUGUGUGAUCUUUUUUUCCUUUUCCUCAAGAUCCGAAAAAAUGGUGUCCCGGUUCGUGUCAGUAUCCAUGUUGGCCGCCGUCGCCUUCGCGUUGGCAGGCGGGCAGGAGGUCCUUCCCUUCCCCGAGACGGUGCCAGAGACCUCCUUCUCCUGCGCGGACAGACCCUACGGCUACUACGCUGACACCGAAGCCAACUGCCAGGUCUUCCACAUCUGUCUCAACAACAACAUCUGGUCCUUCCUGUGCCCCAACCAGACGCUCUUCAACCAGGGAUCUGAGAGCAUUUUGAGGCAACAUACAAAGAACCUUUUUAGGUCUACAGUCUAUCAUGAACCUAACAAGGGAAAUGUACAUCAACCUUAG